GCCCCUCGCUGAGUGCCGAGCCGAGCCGUGCCUCCCCGGAGCCCCCCGCCCGCCGGUGAGUGCUGGAGCCGUGCCGUGCCUCCCCGGAGCCCCCCGCCGUGCCGGAGCUCCCCGCUCGCCGCAAUGGCUGAUGAGCUCAGUGACCUCCUGCGGGAGUUUGACGAGGUGAUGGAGGACUUUGACAGAGGCACUGCAUGUCAAUACGAGCAGCACUUGGAGGAGCUGAAGAAGAAAGCGGGACACAGUGUGUACGACAGCGGCAUUGAUGAGCUGGAGAGUACCAGCACGUCCCCGAGAAGCAGUCUCAACUCCAGCGAGGAGGACCUCAACACCCCUGCCAAUGCUUGCUCCUCCAAAGCUAAACUCGGUGACACACAGGAGCUGGAGGAGUUCAUUGCAGAUCUGGAUAAAGUGCUGGAGGAGAUGUGAGAUGUGGUUUUGGUAGCAAGUUUGGGGAGGAGGACCCGCAGCAGAUGAGCUCCAUGCCUCCCUGAUGCACCCUCUGCUUCUGUGCCCCUGCCACCCGCCGCCGGCGUGGGUGACAGCUUUCCUGUGCCACGCUGCUCCGUGCCGGGGAAGGGCAGUGCCAGCCACAUGUGGGGACUGAUCCGGUGAUGGGACCGGCAGCUGGGCUGUGACGGUGGCUGGGACUUGCUCUGCUCCCGCCUGCAGGGCCAGACUCUGCCAGCGCUGAGAUGAGAAGAGCUCUCAGUGAGGGCACCAGGCUCUGCCCUCUGAGGGGGGCUGGCAGCGCUUGUGACUGAGUGGGUUUGGGGGGUUUUGGAGGGGGUAUCCAUGCCGCUGUUGAAGCCAGAGGAGAAACCCUUGGUGAGUUUAGGGAAGAUCAGCUUGCAGUACAUCAGUGAGAGCUUGGUGUCCCCUCCUGUGUCAGAAAAGACUGUUCCCACAGUAGCAUCUGUUGCAGGUGGUGACUGUCGCUGCUGGCCCUUUGCUUUGCACGGGGAGCCGCAAAUAAGGCCCUGCCUGCGCCGGAGUGCCUCUGCCUCGGCUGCUACGGUAAAUACUGUAAAAAGGAUGCUGUGCACUGUACAGAGGGGGUGUGUUUUUAUGAACAGGAUUUUAAGGCUUUGCGCUUG